AUGAAAAAGUUAAAGGAUCUUGAUCAAUCUUGGUGUAAUAAAAAAUGGAAAAUACCACUAGAUCUCCUCAGAAUCCAAAACACAAUCUAGAUGAUCCUGUUUUUGUGUUAUAUAACAACUGGUCUUCUCCUUUUAAUUAGAGACUGCAACGAGUUUUUGAGUUUCUGUCACAAACAUAUUUUCUUAGAAGUUUUUUUUGCGAUGGCUGGUGAAGUUCCAAAUUUGGCAGAGUCGAAGUUAACAGCUUUGGUCGUCGAUGACAACUUCGUAAACCAAAGCAUACAUCACAAAUUGUUGGACCGUCUAGGGAUUAAAAACGACGUGGUUUGUAAUGGUCAAGAAGCUGUGGAUGUUCAUUGUUCCGGUAGAAACUAUGAUCUCAUUCUCAUGGACAUGGACAUGCCCAUCAUGAACGGUAUUCAGGCGACAAAGAGACUAAGAGAGAUGGGGAUAGAGAGCAAGAUAGCAGGAGUAACAACUAGAGCUGAGGAAGAAGAGGUGAAAGAAUUUAUGGAAGCUGGACUUAAUGACUUUCAAGAGAAACCUCUCACCAUCUCUAAACUUGUUUCUAUUCUUCGUAAUCUUGAUUUUUAUGUCCAAGCCUAGUUAAUAAUGUUUAUUUGUUAACCUUCAGUUUGUGACAUAUAGUUUUGAAUAUCCGUACAAUAAUAGGAAUUGCCAAUACCAAGUCGAUAAAGCUUCCGAGC